GUGUUAUUCAUUUGACAUUGAACCAACCGAACCGAACUUCGCCAGCAGCACCGUAUUAACCACAGCCCCAAAGUCGUCGCGCGUUCCGCAGGAGGCUCGUUCUAGGUUCUCCUGAAAGGCUGCUCGAGAAUCAUUCCCAGGAGUGGUGCUACGAGGAUACUUCAAGGAUCGUACUGGUUGGUUUAGGGCGUCAGUCGUUGAGCUACGCUUCGAAGAUUCGGUACGGUUUCCGAGAGUUCCAACAACAAGGACUCUUGCGCGGUGUUGAAAUUUUGAUAGUCGUGUGUUCGCACUUGUGUGGUGGUCACUGUUCUUGUAGUCUGUUGUGUGGUGUUACUAGUGCGAAGAACUAAGCUGCAAGAUGUCCGGUAAGGUGCUACUGUCCGAAGAUUCGGUCUACCAGCAGAUUCAGGCGUACUACAAGGAGCAUGGAUCUUCCAUCAACAUUAAGAAGAUCUUCGAGGAGGAUGACAUUCGCUUCGACAAGUUCAGCUUGAAGCUGUCGACUCCGGAGGACGGCGAUAUUCUGCUGGACUACUCGAAGAACCGCAUCACGGACGAUGCGUGGAACAUGCUGCUGGAGUUGGCCGAGUCGCGGGACGUGGUCAAGACCCGGAACGACAUGUUUGGCGGUGAACGUAUCAACAUCACCGAGGACCGGGCCGUGCUGCACAUUGCCCUGCGUAACCGCUCGAACAAGCCGAUCCUGGUCGACGGCAAGGACGUCAUGCCGGAGGUGAACGCCGUGCUGGAGCACAUGAAGGAGUUCACCGAGCAGGUGCUGAACGGCGUCUGGCGUGGCUACACAAACAAGAAGAUCAGCGAUGUCGUCAACAUCGGCAUCGGAGGUUCCGAUCUGGGCCCGCUGAUGGUCAGCGAAGCGCUGAAACAUUACAACACCGGCAUCCGGUCGCACUUUGUGUCCAACGUUGACGGUACGCACAUUGCCGAAACGCUGAAGAAGCUCGACCCGGAGACGACUCUCUUCAUCAUUGCCUCCAAGACGUUCACCACGCAGGAGACAAUCACCAACGCCACUGCCGCCAAGAACUGGUUCCUGGAGCGCUGCGGCGAGAAGGAACAUGUCGCCAAGCACUUUGUAGCGCUGUCGACCAACAAGGAAAAGGUGUCCGCCUUCGGCAUCGACACCAAGAACAUGUUCGCCUUCUGGGACUGGGUCGGUGGACGCUACUCGCUGUGGUCCGCCAUCGGUCUGUCCAUCUGCCUGUCCAUCGGCUUUGACAACUUUGAGAAGCUGCUAGAGGGUGCCCACUACAUGGACAACCACUUCCUGACGGCGCCCCUCAAUGAAAAUGCCCCCGUCAUCCUGGCCCUGAUGGGCAUCUGGUACUCGAACUUUUACGGAGCGGAAACUCAAGCCCUGCUGCCGUACGAUCAGUAUCUGCACCGAUUUGCGGCCUACUUCCAGCAGGGUGACAUGGAGAGCAACGGCAAGGGCGUGACCAAGGCAGGGCAGAAGGUCAACUUCAACACCGGACCGAUCGUGUGGGGCGAGCCCGGAACGAACGGCCAGCAUGCAUUUUACCAGCUGAUUCAUCAGGGCACCCGUCUGAUCCCGUGUGACUUUAUCGCCCCGGUCAUCACCCACAACCCGGUCGAGGACGGCGCCAUGCACAAGAUCCUGCUGGCCAACUUCCUGGCCCAAACGGAGGCGCUGAUGAUGGGCAAGUCCGAGUCGCAGGCCCGUGCCGAGCUGGAGAAGGCCGGUAUGUCCGGUGACAAGCUGGAGCAGCUGUUGCCGCACAAGGUCUUCACCGGUAACCGUCCGACCAACUCGAUCCUCGUCAAGAAGGUGACCCCGUUCACGCUGGGUGCGCUGAUCGCCAUGUACGAGCACAAGAUCUUCACCCAGGGUGUCAUCUGGGACGUCAACUCGUUCGACCAGUGGGGCGUCGAGCUGGGCAAGGCUCUGGCCAAGGCCAUCGAGGUCGAUCUGAACGACCCCAACAAAACUACCUCCCACGAUUCGUCCACCAAUGGGCUGAUCAACCACAUCAAGAUUCACUGGGAAUAAGCACAUAUGUUAAUGAAAGAAAAAAGAUGUUAUCAAAUAUAAAACCAUUAACUUAUUCUUAAACGUACGUACGUUUAGAGCGUUAAGCAAAAACAAAAUGCUAAAUUUAGGAAAACGUUGAUCAUUUCAAUAAACCUGCUAGCAGCACUUCAUACAACUUUGAUUGGUGCAACCCUAUAUUAGUGCAUAAAACCCCCCAAAAUAAAUUAAAUGCUUUCGAAGUAAACUAAAA